CUCUCUCUCUCUCUCUCUCUCUCCCUCCCCCUCACACACACACUCUCCUCUCCAAUAAUAAUCUCAAUAACUCUAUAGUAUCGAGAGAGCAGAAAGAGAGGUGGAGAGGAACCCACCACAUUUUUCGCUUUCUAGGAAACCAUUUUGAAAGAAAGAUAAAGCUGAGUGAAGAAGAAGAAGAAGAAGCGAAGGAGAAGAUGAUCGUGAAGAGAGAGAUAGAUACAUAGAAAGGUCGGCAAGACAACAAAUACUACUAAAUACAACACAACAAAGAGGGAGUCUUUGUUCCUUCUCACCAGUCUCUUCUACUUCUCUCUCUCUCUCACAGUCUCACUGCCCCCAUCUUCCAGAGAAAUCUCAGUCAUCUCUCCCUCUCAAUCCCAACUUCUUAUUUUUUUUUUUUGCUCUCACAAUCUCACAAAAGCCAAAGUGACAGUUGUGUUUAGCGUAGUAUUUCUAUUCUAUAUUACCAACAGAAACCCCAGAGCCUAGCAGCAGCAGCAGGCCAGCAGCAACCAGUCCUGCCUAGUGAAAGAAAAGAAAAAAAGAAAUGAAGCCCACCCCAACAAACAAGAUCUCUUUCUUUCCACUCUUGUUCUCUCUCUACAAAUCUCUCUUUCUCUGAUACAAUUUCAGAGUUCUCGACCCCACUUCACUCACAUAACACCUACAUACACACAUCCUUAGAUUUAGUUUCUUCUAAAAAUCUAUCCUCCCUUCUCUCUCUUCUACAAUUAUCAUAAAAACACUCGUAUUGUAUAUUUACUUAUAAAUAUAAAGAUUCUGUCUUUCUUAUAUUUUACAAUCUGAUAAAAUUUUACAAAAUUAUCAGUUGUGGCUACUACAAGGAGUAGGCAGCUACUAUCAGACACUGGUGCCUUUGCUGACUGGGCCACCUCUAACUCCUCUGGUAUCCGUACCGCUGGUCCAGACGACCUCUCACUCGGCUUCAAUGCCGGUCCCACCGGCGGCGGCCAAACACCCGGUCCAACAUGGCCUAACUCAGCUCGGCCCAUCAACUACGGCAUCUCUCCAGACAUGGGCAUGGUGGGCCUUCGCGAUGUCUUCGUGGUGGCUCCCGCUGCCUCCUUCAACCACCACCACCAGCAUCAUGAGCAAAUCAAUCUUUCAACAGCAGAUCCAAUCAAUGCUUCCAAUGCCACAGCUCUUGGUGUUGGUGUAGGUGUUGGUGUCAUUCCACUCCUUGCUGCGGGGCCUUGUCUUGCGCCCCAAAACAUGGAUGAUCAAGAUUUGUUGAAUAAUGGUCGAAACAAGAUUAGCGGAAUUCAUCAGUUCUGGCAAAACCAAGGCUCUCAAUAUAUCAAGAAAGCUUCUAAUACCACUCCUUCGAUUCUUGAUCAUCACAACAAUUCUUCAACAGCGAAUUUUCUACUACAAAGUGGAAAUAGUGCUGGGAAUGGAAGUGGAAGUCUUGGAGGGAAUUCAUCAUCGUCCGCUACAACAACGUGUCAAGAUUGUGGAAACCAAGCGAAGAAAGAUUGUAGCCAUAGAAGGUGUAGGACGUGUUGCAAAAGCCGUGGUUUUGAUUGUGUUACUCAUGUGAAGAGCACGUGGGUACCGGCUGCGAGGAGGAGAGAGCGUCAGCUUAUGGCAACUGCAGGUGGCGGUGCUGGUUCUACUGGGUCUACUUCUGGUGUCAAGAAACCUAGACUUAUAAGCUCACAAACUACAACUUCUCAUACUUCCACUUCUAAUACUACUCCAAGGAGCUACGACACGAGCUCUAGUCACCAAGGUUUUAAAGAGAGACUACCGGGGCAAGUAACUGCACCAGCAACCUUCAGGUGUGUUAGAGUGACGGCAGUGGAAGAUGGUGAAGAUGAGUUUGCGUAUCAGGCUGUGGUGAAGAUUGGUGGUCAUGUUUUCAAAGGGUUUCUAUAUGACCAAGGAGUUGAAACAAGAGAUGGGUUCCCUAAUAUAUCUGAACUGCAUUUGGGUGGUGGUAGCAGUAGCGGUGGUAAUGGCAUAGGGAGAAAUGGGGCCUCUUCUUCCCCGAUUCUCGAUCCUUCAGAUGUUUAUGGUGCUUCCACUGGAGGGUUACUCGGAGGUUCGGGCUAUGGCAAUCCAAUAAAUUGAGGGCACUUUCAAGGUUUAUCAAGGAGUGACAUUCUUGUCUAACUUUUCAUUAUGUCAACUAAUUAAUUAUUAUCGAUAGGGUUUUGGUAAGUUGCUCCUUAAUUUGUAUCUUAUUAACAUAUGCUCUCUUUGAAAAUUCAAGCGUCUUGGUUUUAGUAUUCUUGCUUCUUAAUUCUAUUUGCCUUGUGUAAUAGCAUUUCGAGGGUCAUCAUAUGCCAAAGAAGCUGCAUUUUCUCUCUAUUCGAGCAAUUCCUGUAUCAAAUUUUAGAAAAGAUAGUAAAGUCUAAAAAUCCUGUUCUACCAGAUAUAUUAGUUCUUAAACUUUGUGAUGAAAAAAUAAAAUAAAAAUCUGUUUGCUUUCUUGAA